GUAGACGGUCCCUGCUCACUCGUGUCACAGCAGGCUGCAGAUACACGCACUGGACAGAUUCACUUUGGGUUUGCAUGACGCAAUGUUAACAAUGGGACUUAAGAGUGUGUGAGUCUACAGUCGGAACCUUCCUCUGUGACCAGCUGUUAACUGGUCUCUCCUUCUUUAAUCCACAUUCAGUUCUCACAGAGUGAAGAUGUCUGUGUUCCAGUCUCUGGUUGUGUUGAUCCUCAUCAUGUGGACUCUCACCACAGCAGAUGUUGAGGUCUCCUGUGUUUUAGAGGAGAGCUGCAUCUUACCCUGCAGUUUUCAUCCUGGUAAAGACCCAGCCAUCCACUGGGUGAAGGUGGAACCAGGAAACCUUCCUGUCCACUCCUACUACAGAGCCAGUGACCAGUUAGGUCUCCAGAGCGAGCGCUUCAGAGGGCGGACAUCACUGUUCACAGAUCAGAUCUCCAGAGGAAACGCCUCCAUCAGGCUGACGGUGCUGCAGCUUCAGGACCGGGGAAAAUACAAGUGCUACACCAGCACCAUCAUUGGAGGCAACAAGGAGUCAUUCAUCAACCUGAGAGUAGAUGCUCCGGUGCGUCACGUGGACAUUGUGCAGGUGGAGGACAGCUUCACCUGCCGCUCAGAGGGGAUCUACCCCGAGCCACAGCUCACCUGGUCCACCAGUCCUCCGUCCAACGUGACCCUUCAGAACCAAACCUCAGUGAAGGAGACGGAGCAGCAGCUCUAUGAGAUCAGCAGCACAGUGACACUGUCAGACAGAGUCUCUGUUCUGAUCUGCAGCAUCAGCACUCGCAGUGGGAGGAGGAGCGCGGUGUGGUAUCAACCCACUCCCGUCCAUGUGUCACCGAGUGAAACAACAACAACAAUCUACUGCACUGCUCCAAACACCAAACCCCCGACACACUGGGUGUGGAAGUUCAACCACAGGCAGAUCAUUAUGGACCAGACCGGGGUGGACGGCCCCCCCAGGGUCUCAGAGCAGUGGAAUGAGCAGGUGGAGGAUGUGUCAGCGUCAGGCAGCCUCAUGCUGCACCACUUAUCUUCAGACCAACAGGGAACGUUCACCUGUGAACUCAGUAGUGAAGAGGAGACGCUCUUCAUCAACAGCUAUGUGAAGAUAGAGGAAGGUUCUUCAGGUUCAGUUGCAGGAAUUGUGGUCGGAGUCCUCGUUGUGUGUGUAGCAUCCGGAGCAGGAGCAGGAUUCUUCUACUUUAAAAGACUUAAGAAACAACCCAAAACGGACCAUCCACCACCAGACGCUACAGAGAUGAAACCUUUACAACUCGUUGGUUGUGAACUCUCAGAGACUCACUGUGAAGACGUGGCCUCAGCUCUGAAGUCAGACCCCUCAGAUCUGAGAGAACUAGAUCUGAGUGACAACAAGCUGCAGGCUUCAGGAGUGAAGCUGCUGUGUUCUGGACUGGAGAGUCCAAACUGUCGACUGGAGACUCUGAGGUUGAAGAACUGCAGUCUGUCAGAGAUCAGCUGUUCUUCUCUGGCUUCAGCUCUGAGGUCAAACCCCUCUCAUCUGAGAGAACUGAAUCUGAGAGCAAACGACCUGCAGGACUCAGGAGUGAAGGAGCUGUGUGGUUUUCUACAGAGUCCAACCUGUCGACUGGAGACUGUUAGGCUGAAGGACUGCUGUCUGUCAGAGAUCAGCUGUUCUUCUCUGGCUUCAUCUCUGAGGUCAAACCCCUCUCAUCUGAGAGAACUGGAUCUGAGUCACAACACCCUGCAGGACUCAGGAGUGAAGGAGCUGUGUGGUUUUCUACAGAGUCCAACCUGUCGACUGGAGACUCUGAGGUUGGAGAACUGCAGUCUGUCAGAGAUCAGCUGUUCUUCUCUGGCUUCAGCUCUGAGGUCAAACAUCUCUCAUCUGAGAGAACUGGAUCUGAGUGACAACAACCUGCAGGACUCAGGAGUGAAGGAGCUGUGUGGUUUUCUACAGAGUCCAACCUGUCGACUGGAGACUCUGGGGUUGAAAAACUGCAGUCUGUCAGAGAUCAGCUGUUCUUCUCUGGCUUCAGCUCUGAGGUCAAACCCCUCUCAUCUGAGAGAACUGGAUCUGAGCUCCAACAAGCUGCAGGACUCAGGAGUGAAGGAGCUGUGUGGUUUUGCACAGAGUCCAACCUGUCGACUGGAGAGUCUGAGGUUGAAGAGCUGCAGACUGUCAGAGAUCAGCUGUUCUUCUCUGGCUUCAGCUCUGAGGUCAAACCCCUCUCAUCUGAGAGAACUGGAUCUGAGUGACAACGACCUGCUGGACUCAGGAGUGAAGGAGCUGUGUGGUUUUCUACAGAGUCCAACCUGUCGACUGGAGACUCUGGGGUUGGAGGACUGCAGUCUUUCAGAGAUCAGCUGUUCUUCUCUGGCUUCAGCUCUGAGGUCAAACCCCUCUCAUCUGAGAAAACUGGAUCUGAUCUACAACAACCUGAAGGACUCAGGAGUGAAGGAGCUGAUUGAUCUACAGCAGAGUCCAACCUGUCGACUGGAGACUCUGAGGUGGGAGAAGUGGUCUUUGUGGAGCUAAGUGUGAAGAGGACAGUGUGUGUGGACGGAGGCUGAUCUGUGUCCUGAGGAUCCAGAGGCUGAAGCAGCAGCAGCUUGUGUGUAGAGCGGCUCUGACUGGGCCUUGUUGCUGGGAGGCAGAGUGGAGACAGAGCUCCAGAGGAAUCAGAGGAGGUGGUUGUAAUAUGUAACUUCACCACUAGAUGGCCCUCCACACCGAUUGUGUUUAUUCACAUGAAGAAUGUGUUUAUUGAAAUGACACAACACAAGCAGAAUACAUAACCCCUCUAGAAAGAGUCACAUAUAUGCGUUUAAGUUUCCUUUAUUCUGUUCCACCUUUGUCCCUCAGUCUGUCUCCAUGUGUGUAGAACCACAUUCUGUUUGUUUAUGAUCUUAAAGUUCCUGGAUUCACUUCACAAAUUGAUUCAGUUCAACACAAAGUUCAACACAAUCAAAUCACUUUGAGUUUAAAAUCAGAGUUUUGUCUUUGACACAAAAGAUCAAAACUCUGAACUUAAAAAUGGGACGUUUUCAUUUCUGCAUCAGGUGCAGAGCGGUGGUGGCUUUUCUACUUUUGACCCACAGGUGGCGCUGCAGUAUAACAGCAGCACAUCACAGUCAAAGCCUUUAUAUUCAGUCUAUGAGUCAAACACAUGGAUCAUUUCCUCUGUGACAAACCAGAUGUAACGAGAAGAAAAACACCUCAGAGAGAAAAGUUCUGUUUCUACUUGUCUCUGCUUUAAUGCUCAAUAAACAUCCUUCCACCGACUUCACUGGAA